AUGUUCAAAAUGAACCCUACUCAGCAUCCCAUAGUAUUUUUAAAAGAUGCUAGUCAUUCAGCGCUAAGAGACUUAUUACAGUUUUAUCAAGGUGAAGUUAAUGUUAAGCAAGAAGAAUUAGCGUCGUUUAUUAGUACAGCGGAACAACUACAAGUUAAAGGUUUAACCGGUAACCAAAAUGAUGAAAGUUCCACGCCAUCCAAACCAAAGCCGACCUCUAGGCCAGGCCCGAGGUCGUCACAACAAAGGCAAUCUGUUAUGACUAAGUUAGAGACUGAUUUAGAUUCUAAGCCCUCCUCAACUCCAGUAGCAAUUAAGAGACCAAAUAGGCCAUCAAUAGCAUCAAAUAAUUCCUCAUCAUCUCAAAGCGGUACUGCGAAACGAAAAUGUGUAGACCCCUUAGAAGCCGGACCCUCAGGAUCAGCUAAAGAAGAAUUUGUUACGAUACCGGACGAAGAUGAAAACAACGCCGUGGCACCGAAAAUGGAACCAGAAUUUGUUAACGAAAGUAUGUGGGAUGACGAUGAUGAAGGCGCAAAUAAUGAUGAAACAAACUUUGGCGAAGACGACUCUAAUAUGGAAAUGACAGGUUUUGAUGGCUCUGCGACUGGAGAUGGCAAUAUGUCUGGCGGCGGGGAAGGUGGCGCUGUUGGAGAUGCACAAGGGUUAAUUCCUGUUCUAAAAGACUAUGUUCUGUUUGAACAUAAUCUUUUAAUAGGAAGGUAA